GUCGCGGCGCUGAGCAUGAGCGCGGCGCGCGCGCCCGACCCCCGCGACCCCCCGCGACACCCCGCGCACCCCGCCGCGCACGCCCAACACCAGGGUGUGGCGGGGGCGGUGGGAGGUGUGCGGGCGCGAGUCGCGCGGAUGUCGGCGGGCAGCGCAAGCACAGCAGCCGUGGGGGGAGCGGCGUUUGGCCGCGGCGCGCUCUCCGACCCCGACCUACAAUCGCGGCUGCAGCCCGACCUGAACGCGUACUGGGAAUCCUCGCCCACAUUGACGCUAAUAUCGUCAAAGGGCUCAGCAGAUUCGAACUACUCGCAGCCUUCCUCGGAACUGUCGCUGGACGAAGACAAGGAGGCGCUGCGCCGCGAGAAGGAAGCGCAGGCACUCUCACAGCUCGACAAGGCUCGGUCAAAACCGGUGGCCUUCGCAGUGCGUACAAAUGUGUCGUACGAUGGCGCGCUGGACGACGACUCGCCGGUACACGGCAGCGCCAUUUCCUUCGAAGUGCGCGAUUUCCUGCACAUCAAGGAGAAGUACGACAACAACUGGUGGAUCGGGCGGCUGGUGAAAGAGGACUGCGACAUCGGCUUCAUUCCGUCACCCGUCAAGCUCGAGACUGUCCGCGCGGGGUUGGCGGCUCGUGGCCGAUACCCGCGUCCGGCCUCAGCCAACAACCUCGGCGCGCCUGUGCCGGCGCCGCUCCCCAGCAGAGGUAGCACUCCCCCCACGCCCGAUGUCUCCUUUGACCGAGGUGAAGAUUCAGACGGCGCGGGGCGAGGGAGGGGCGCAGGCGCCCUCCCCGCAGGGAAAGAGAAACGCAAGCCGUUUUUCAAAAAACAAGAAGCCUGUACGCCGUAUGACGUGGUACCUUCCAUGCGACCAGUGGUCCUCGUUGGACCCUCGCUCAAAGGGUACGAGGUCACGGACAUGAUGCAGAAAGCGCUCUUCGACUUUUUAAAGAGACGGUUUGAAGGCAGGAUCAUCAUUACGCGGGUCACCGCCGACAUCUCGCUGGCGAAGCGCUCCUUGCUCAAUAACCCGCCCAAGAAACCGAUCAUGGACAGGGCGAAUUCCAAAUCCAAUUGCAUACAAGAGGUUCAGGCGGAAAUCGAGCGGAUAUUCGAGCUGGCGCGGACGCUACAGCUGGUGGUCCUGGACUGUGAUACCAUUAACCACCCCUCUCAGCUCGCCAAGACCUCAUUAGCGCCCACCAUCGUCUACCUUAAGAUCUCCAGCCCGAAGGUGUUGCAGCGGUUAAUAAAAUCACGCGGCAAAGGACAGAGCAAGAACCUGUCAGUGCAGAUGGUGGCAGCAGAAAAACUGGCGCAGUGUCCACAUGAAAUGUUCGACCUCAUACUGGAUGAUAACCAGCUCGACGAAGCAUGUGAGAAAAUCGCGGAAUAUCUCGAGAAGUACUGGCGCGCGACACACCCGCCGGCGACAGCGCCGCUGUCGCGUCCGCUGCCGCACGCCGCACCGCACCCGCACCACGCCCAGGCCCAGCCUGAUCCCCCCGCACACCCCGGAGGCCAUCGCGAGCGAGCAGACUCCUACACAUACGAGAGGGAUAGAGGGGGCCGAUCGCGCGCGGCGCGGCCGGAGCGGCUGGAGGAGGAGUACUACGGACGCGAGCGGUACGCGCGCUACGGGCGCGAUUACACGCGGGACCAUUACCACGAGGGCUACUCGCACGACUAUCCGCCGCACGGCGACGCGUACGACCGCGACGCGUACGGGCACGACUACACGCGGGACACGUACGGCCGCGACGAGUAUGCGCGCGAGAACUACGGGCCGCCGCACGCGCGCGACUACGAGCGCGCACACGCGCACGCGCACGCGCGCGACGGCUACGCGCGGCACGCGCAGGACUUCUCGCGGCGCGACGAGCGCGAGCGCGACGAGCGGGGCGCGCGCAGGCCGCUGGCGCCCGCCGCGACGCUGAGCGAGCGCGAGGGCGACGACUACGCCGCGUCGCGGCGCGCGCUCAACGCCGUCUAGUGCAAGUGCUUCAGGGACCGGUUGUUUUGCGGUUCGUGCAUCCUUAACGUUUCGUUGUCGCGCAUUCUCGCGCCGGACGCUGUUUCGAUUCGCUGAGCUUGGUGCCCCGCUUGGCGCGGCCCGGACUGGUGCGCGCUCUUUCCUUUGCACGCGAGUGGCGCUAGGGGAGAGAGUAGUUUAGGCUAACGUUCGCACUCGAAGGUACGGAGCUCGCGUCGAAUGUGUAAAUUUUACAUAUAAAAGAUAAUUUUAGUACCGUUAGAUAUUAUCCGUUUCCCAUUUUUUGAACAUACAUACUCUGUAAUUAUAUUGCAUCGUCUAUACUUCAUUGUUGCAAUCAUUUGUAAAUAAAAAUACUUUAUAUCGAUUAUGGAA